AAGUGCCGCCACAAAAUGGCGGCGCCGAUGCUGCGAGCCCCGGGGCUGCUCCAGCCGCUCCGGGCGCCUCUGCGGGGCUCGCUGGGCGCCGCGCGGUGCCCGCCGAGCCCCGCGGCGCUCCCGGGGCCGCUCCCGGUGCUGCUCGCGGUGGCCCCGGGGCCGGUCCCGGUGCGGGCCAUGGCCGGGCACAACCGCUGGUCCAAGGUGCGCAACGUGAAGGGGCCGCGGGACGCGGAGCGGAGCCGCCUCUGCGAGAAAAUGGCGCGGAUGCUGCGGGCGGCGGCCCGAGAGGGAGGCCCGGAGCCGUCGCUGAACCCCGGGCUGGCGGCGGUGGUGGCGCAGUGUCGGGCACUCAACGUCCCCAAGGCCACCAUCGAGGGGGCGCUGCGGUCAGCCAGGGAGCGUCCGGCCGGGGGGUCGCGGGUGCUGCUGAGCGCUCGGGGCCCGGCCGGGGCCCUGGUGCUGCUGGACGUGCGCACGGACAACGUCCGGCGGAGCCAGGCCGAGCUGCGGACGCUGCUGGGCAGGCACGGGGCCUCGCUGACCGAUGACGUCCGGCACGCCUUCGAGGCGGUGGGCGUGGUCCGCGUGUCCGGCCGGACGCUGGCCAUGGAGGCCGCCCUGGAGGUGGCCGCGCUGGCCGGAGCCCAGGACGUGGUGGCCGAAGAGGAGGAGGAGGAGGAGGAGGCCGAGCUCAAGUUCCUGUGCGACCCCUCGGCCCUGGGCGGUGUCCAUCAGCACCUGGUGGCCGCCGGGCUGCGGCCGAUGGCGGCCGGCGUCGAGUUCCGGCCGCGGUCAGCGCUGGCCUUGCCGGACGGCGCCAGAGCCGCGGCCGAGCGGCUGCUGCGGGCUCUGGCCGAGUGCCCGGGCGUCGUCCGGCUCUUCCACAACAUCCAGGACGGGCCCGCCGGCGCUCCGGGCGCUCGCUCGGCUCCGGCCGCGCCGCCAGAGCGCCAAUAAAGGUGUGGGACGCGG